UUGACGGAAAGCAUGCCGAAUAUGAGAAACGCGGUAAAUUCAAACGUAGGAAAAACACACGCACUCAACGAGCAUGAAACGAGCCACGAAGGAUGAGCGAAAUUUGUCUUUGCUCUCCAAAGAAAUUUUAGCGUCGUGUUUUCUUUUUUUUUGCAAUUUAAUGGGAAAUUUGGAAAACUACAUUUUUUCGCCAACUGUGUGUUCAGUAGAACAUUGUGCUUUAAAGCAAACAAACGCAAAGCGGUUGUAAGCGGUGUACUCUGUAUUGGAAGUUUAACAAAGGGAAAAAAAUCGCCGAAAUUUUUGGAAAAAUACAAUAAAUAAAUCCAUAAACAUUAAACACAAAAAAGUAUUCCCAACAAAUGUUCGAUAAUUAUUGUGGCGUUGUGGAAUAACACAAAAAAGUAAUUUGCCGAAACUUUGUUUCUUGUGGAGGCUGUGCUGAAAGAUUUACGAUUUUAAUGAAUUUUUUUUUCAUAACCUUAUGAGAAAAAAUAAAAUUAUUCAAUAAAGUUAAAUUAUAUACUCAAAUCGGAAAGGAGAAAGCAUCGAAAAAUAUGAAAAAUUCCAGUUCACUAAAGAUUAUCUAACAUGGUGUUUUCUUGAAAUAGAAUUGUGUUGAAACGAAUUGAAAAGCAGAAUAACGUCACCUAGUACCUAUUGCAUAGCAAAUCUGCAACAUAUUCAAAUCCAGUUAGCAAUGUUCAAAAUGCACGUGAUAUUCAGCUCUGUACUCAUUUCAUCUCUAUUCAUAUCAGUUUCAGCCAUCAAAUGUUACAACUGUGAAUCAUCUCAUGCAACGGAAUGUGGUUAUGUUUUUGACUCUGAAGAAGGCUUUGAAGUUAAUUGUGAUAGGAGGCCACCGCCACGUUAUAUGCUAAAUUCGACGGAUAAUUUAAAUGCAACGGCAUGCAUAAAAAAAGUUUACAAAGAGCACAGUGUGACGAAAUAUAUACGCAGCUGCUAUUAUGGCGAUGUCAAUGACACUGAUACCGGCUGCCUUAUGGAUCCAUCCCUGAUGGAUGUCCAAGAUGUUGAGUGUUUUGUUUGCGCUGAUGACUUUUGCAACACGGCCGCCUGGAAUGGCCCGCAAAAGGGCUGGAGCAGUUUGUGUACGCUGCUGAUGUUUGUUUUGAUGGCCAAAAUUUUAAAUAUGAAAAAUUUUUGAAAAUUCAUUAAAACAAGAUGUGUAUUAGUAUUGCUAGUAAGGCUUUUUUCCAAAUUCCAUAAUUCCUGCGCUUAAUAUAAGGCUUUAAUGAGAUGUAGAUGUUGUUAUGCUUAACAUAGAUGUGAAAAUAAAAACUAUUCCCCUUAGUU